AUGACCAAUAAUGGGCAAAAUUCUGUUCCAGGAUACGAGGAUGCCAAACACGAUGUUAUGUACGCCCUCAUGGACUGGGUUGAAAACGGAAACGCACCUGACUAUAUUAUUGGUACCGCAUGGGAUAAUUUCACUACUCAGCAUCAAGUGACACGUCAACGCCCAAUCUGUCCCCACCCCCAGCAAGCCAAAUACCGGGGAUCGGGGGAUCCUAAUGAUGCUUCAUCAUGGGAAUGCAAGCUUCUCUACUGA